AUGACCACCGAGCGUGAAAGCAAGACCUUCCUGGCUCGCCUCUGCGAGCAGGCUGAGCGAUACGAUGAGAUGGUCACCUACAUGAAGGAGGUGGCUAAGCUCGGCGGCGAGCUCACCGUCGACGAGCGCAACCUCCUCAGCGUUGCCUACAAGAACGUCGUCGGUACCCGCCGUGCCUCGUGGCGCAUUAUCUCCUCGAUCGAGCAGAAGGAGGAGUCCAAGGGCUCCGAGAAGCACGUUCCCACCAUCAAGGACUACCGCACCAAGAUCGAGUUGGAGCUUGAGCGCGUCUGCCAGGAUGUCCUCGACGUUCUCGACGAGUUCCUCAUCCCCAACGCCGCCACUGGCGAGUCCAAGGUCUUCUACCACAAGAUGAAGGGUGACUACCACCGUUACCUCGCCGAGUUCGCUUCCGGUGAGAAGCGCAAGGGAGCUGCCACCGCCGCCCACGAGGCUUACAAGAGCGCCACCGAUGUCGCCCAGACUGAGCUCACUCCUACCCACCCCAUCCGCCUGGGUCUGGCCCUGAACUUCUCCGUCUUCUACUACGAGAUCCUGAACUCGCCCGACCGCGCUUGCCACCUCGCGAAGCAGGCCUUCGACGAUGCCAUUGCUGAGCUCGACUCCCUGUCCGAGGAGUCUUACCGCGAUAGCACUCUCAUCAUGCAGCUCCUCCGCGACAACCUGACCCUCUGGACGUCGUCCGACAGCGCCGAGGCCGAUGCCGCCGGCGCCGCCGAUGCCCCCAAGAAGGAGGAGGGCGAGGCCGACAAGCCUGCCGAGCAGGAGGCUCCCAAGGAGGAGCCCGCGCCCGCGGCCGCCUCUUAA